UCCUUGCUUUUAAAACAAAUAAAUGAAAGCUUCUCUUCAAACAUAUCCAACAUCUUUGGGGUGGGGUGGUGAAUUUGAGGAAAAAAAACUUUUUUAUACAUUUUUGUAUCUUUGUAAUUCAGAGAUGAAAUUUUUAUCUUAUUAUUUUUUACUGAUUUAUGUUAUUGUGAUAAGAGCAUUUUUUCAUUAAUUUAUUAAUGCAACAAAAAUACUUGAAGCUGUCUUGUGUUGUUGAAGCUUGAAAUUUUGAUGUGUAUGUUGAGUGCAGCAGGAUAGAACCUGAGAAAGUUUUUAAAAAUCCAUUUACUGUCCAGUAAGAUUAAACAUGAUUGUUUGGUCAACUCUGGAUAAAACCAACACAGUAUGUAUUGUUCCUUUAAUGCUCUAAGAACUGUGCUGGCCCUUCUGCUUUGCACCAUUUUUUAAAAAAGAUAGCCCACCUUUGAUUGUACAGAAAGCAAUUAUCAAUCAGGGAAGGGGUGAUGCUUUUCAUUAGAGCACAAUCAUUUUGCUUCUUGUCAAUUGAUACAAUCCAGCCUCGGCUGAGGGAGGGUGGGGAAAGGUUUGUUGUGGUCCAAUGUUCUGAGACAUACUUAUUUCCACCCACAACUUGGGUUUAAGUCCACUCCAGGCUGAGGUGAACCAAGUCUGUUCUCUGACGGUGCUAAUUUUAGAUGAUAAUUUUGAACCUGGUCCCCAAGCAAAAGUUGAACUCCAAAAGAUGGAGGUGCUGAUCAUUUCAACUGAAUUGUGAUCUGUUGCAAGCUACUAACAGGAUGGAUGGUGGAUGAAAUGAAAACAAAGCACUACACAUUAUGUUUGUAAGAUAUGGUAAAACAUUACCAGUUGGGAGAAUAUUGACACUGACAUUGGAUGUAUGGGGUGGGGAGUACUGAGUCACUUAAUGGAUAAAUACAAAGAAAUGUGGUUCCUUACAUGCUUUGUCGUUGUAUUCAUUAUUUUCUAAAGUCAGAACAUUGCAGAUUAAAAUUCAUGGAUUUAAUGUCAUUGUUUAAGCCUAGAUAUGACAUUAAUUAAAAACAUUUUACUGCAAUGCUAUUGUCUAACGUCACUUGCUGCCUUUAUCAACUCUCCUGCACAGCUGUAAUAAUGCAACCAUCCGAUGUCUUCCUGGGUCCAGACAAUUUCAGGCGAUGCCAUCCAUCCAGUGAGCAGCACAGUUUCCUGGAAGGUGUAUUGUUAAGUAGGAAGGGGGAAAACAACAUGAUCCAUCCACUAAAACCACUAUUCUGAUUUCCUACUUCCCACCAUCCCCACCACCAGGUGAACACCAGACCAGGAAUUUUCAAUGAUUGCCAACGCAGAAGAUGAAGCGGAUUCCAACUUCCAAAUGCGGAAAUCCAGCUAUCAUGUGGAGAGGCAGGUUUUGGAUGAGGAGUACUUGGAGGUGGUGGCACAAUGGUCAAAGAAAUCUGAACUCUCCCUGAAAGAUAAACUGAAAGAAAAUCUGAGAUGCUCAAGCCCUAAAGCCAAAUCCUUUCUGUUCAAGUUAAUCCCAAUCCUCCAUUGGUUGCCCAAGUAUCCCUACCGAGAAUGGCUAUUAGGCGAUAUCUGCUCCGGAUUCAGUGUUGGAAUUGUGCAAUUACCACAAAGUAUGGCAUAUGCUCUUUUGGCAGCUGUUCCCCCUGUCUAUGGACUUUAUACUUCCUUCUUCCCAGUGCUUAUAUACUUUAUAUUUGGAACAUCCAGACAUGUCUCAGUUGGCUCCUUUGCAGUACUAAGUGUUAUGCUGGGGACAAUAACUGAGAGGAUAGCCCCAGAUGAGAACUUUUUGAUCAAUUCUCACAACAUUACAAAUGGAACGGCAGAAAUUGACACCGUGGCAAGGGAUUUAAUGAGGGUGAAAGCAGCAACGAUGGUUACCUUCUUGUGCGGGAUCUUUCAGAUCCUGUUGGGAUUGAUACGGUUUGGAUUUGUUGUCACAUACCUGUCUGACCCUCUUGUCCGAGGUUACACAACUGGUGCAGCAGUCCAUGUGCUGGUGUCACAACUGAAGUAUGUGUUUGGCAUUUCAAUUGCUAGAAAGAAUGGGCCCCUCGCAUUAAUCUAUACUUUAAUCGAUGUGAUCAAAGCAUUACAUUUGACGAAUAUUGGCACCAUGGUUGUCAGUAUUAUUGCUAUGUCCACCAUGUUUGCAGUGAAGAUGAUAAACGACCGUUUUAAGUCUAAAUUGCCAAUACCUAUUCCUAUUGAACUCAUUGAGGUCAUAAUUGCUACACUGAUUGCGUCUAAUGUCGACCUAGUCGGAAAAUAUGGAAUACAAGUUGUGGGGAAUAUUCCGAAAGGACUGCAAGCCCCAGUUCCACCUGACUUCAACCUUGCCUCCAAUCUUGUGGGAGAUGCUUUUGCUUUGGCCAUUGUAGGAUAUGGCAUCACAAUAUCACUGGGCAAGAUCUUCGCAUUGAAGCAUGGGUACCAGGUGGACAGUAAUCAGGAGCUGAUCGCACUGGGGCUCAGCAACUUUGUGGGAGGGUUUUUCCAAUGCUUUGCUGUGAGUUGUUCCAUGUCCAGGAGUCUGGUUCAAGAAACUACUGGAGGAAACACACAGUUAGCUGCGGCAGUGUCUUCUGUUGUUAUCUUGGUGAUUAUCCUUGAAAUCGGGGCACUAUUUAGUCAACUACCUAAGGCUGUUUUAGCAUCAAUUGUCAUCAUCAAUCUCAAGGGGAUGUUUGAACAGGUCACUGAUAUUUGCCAUUUCUGGAGGACUAACAAAAUUGAUCUGAUAGUUUGGAUUGUCACUCUCAUUUUCACAGUACUAUUAGGCAUGGACUUUGGACUGGCUGCAUCCAUAGCAUUUGUAAUACUUACUGUGAUCUUCCAGACACAACUACCCAAAUAUUCAAUUCUGGGGCAGAUUCCAAAGACCGAUAUCUACAGAGAUGUCAGCCAGUUUGAUAAGGCAAAAGAAAUUCCAGGAAUCAAAAUUUUCCAGUCAUCUGCGACCAUGUACUUUGCCAAUGCUGAGUUGUAUGAAGAAGCUCUGAAGCAGAUGACUGGAAUUAAUGUCAGUAAACUCAUUUUGAAAAAGAAGAAAAGAAUCAUGGCACUUAAGAACAAAUUGAAAAAGCAGGAAAAGAAGGAUAAGAAAAAAGCCAAGAAAGAGCAAAAGCAACAGAAAAUCUUUGAAUCAGGAACUGAUGGCCCAGCCACCAUCACUGAGAAUAUUGGUAACGACAACUCUAUCAGCUUAGAAAUAAAUUCGGACUUUGACUCGCCAUCUAAAGUCAGCAAAAAGCCGGAGGAGCUCAGCCUGGAGUCUCUUGGUCUUCAAAAACCCGAUGUUCAUUCCCUCAUACUUGACUUUAGUCCUGUCAACUUUGUGGAUAGCGUCUGCAUCAAGAUUUUGAGAAAUAUUUUCCGGGAUUAUAAAGAGAUUGAGGUUGACGUUUACUUAUCAGGUUGUCACUGGGCUAUUAUUCAGCAGUUUGAACAAGGAGGAUUCUUUGGGAAAAACAUCAGCAAAUCCCAGAUCUUUACUACUGUACACGAUGCUGUUCUAUUCUGUAUGAUGAAAAAUAACCCAUCGACUGAUCAGGCAUUUUACAUGAAUGGAACCCUUGCACUGUCUCCUUCACAGGAUGACGAACAAGAGUCCACCCUUGCCCACGCAAUGAGCACACCGUUUUAAUCCAAGAAGAUCGGUGCUGCAAUUGAAAACAUGAAACGUAAAACCUGAAGAAAACAGAGUAAUAGAAAGAAAUCUCCAAAGGGCAUAUUUUAACUUGUCCUGUGUCCUGCAAUGAAGGAAAAUGGAGUAAGCUAUGAAAAAUCUGUCUCAGUGUAAAUAUUGACAAAUUCCAUACUGGGUGUAAAGCUACAAACCAGGGACAUUUCAAACAUUUCACAUCUGGGACUUCAGCAGUCAACACCAAAAGGGUAACAGUCUUCUCUCUCUGUUUGUCUUUCAUUCUUCUAUCCAUCACUUUGCUACCUUUCCCUCUUAACCUUUUUAUCUAUUUUGAUUUGAAUAGGCACUACAGACCCAGCCUGAAAUUGUUUUUGCCUUCUAGCUUUGAUUUUUUUUUUGUCAGUCAGUACUUGUCUUAGACUAGUGCCCCCUCCUCAUUCAUAUUGUUGCCAUUAAUAGAUCUAUUCAUGUGGGUGACAUAUGGAACCAGUAAUAGUCAAGGAAGGUCAUCCUACCUGAUGUGUUAUCAAUAUUAUAAUAAAUAACUGAAGCCCGUUGUCUAAGAAGUAAAGCAUCUUCCAGGAGAAGCUGUUUAUUCUUUGAGAUUAUGCUUCCAAAGCUUCCUUAGAGAAAAGAAGGGAAAAUCUAGCCUUUGAUGAACCUGAGGCAUUGGCGUUGGAUCUGGGCUGGACCCACAAGCCCUUUCAUAAAGUGAGUAAACAGAGGAACUGUGACUAUGAUUAGACUUCUGAGAAAGGCAGCAUCACAUUAAGCAAGAAUUAAACAAAACAGUCAAUAUAAUAGUCAAAAAGCUGAAAGCUGCAGAUAACACCAUGAAUUGUUCACUUUAGACAAUGUGUUGUAUUUUGUUUUGGGUUACAGGAAAUUAAUCUGCCCACUAACAACCCGUUAAUACUUUUAGUCAAUGCCAAAGGAAAAUAAAAGGCAUUUGACUGUGUUACUGACUCUAGUAUUAGAAGGCCAUUUAUACCAAACCUCUAUAAACUACAGAUUUUUUUAAAAGACUACACUGGAAACCCUUGGAGCCAUAAUAUUUCUUUCUAUUUUGCAUAACCUUGAAGAUAGCACUUAGUACUUGCAUUUAUGUGAGAGUUUUUCCAGUUUUUAAAAGUAUGCUAUGAAAAUGUACAUUUCAGAUUUAGUUAACCUCUUCAUUGUCUUAAAUUACACCUACUUAUUUGAUAAGUUAAAUUAAAAAUGUACAUUCUCCAUUUUGUAUUAAAUGUUCAGUUUGAUAAUGGUACAUGUUUGAUUAGUUUUUCUUUAACCUAAUGAAAAUCUAAAAGAGAGCGAUGUACAAAACUUGAGAACCAUGCCUAACUGAUACAUAUAUUUUAAAGUAAUGCUUUUACCAUUUUACUGUGAUAUAUUUUUGAUUUUCAUGUAAACUUGCUGCUACAAUCAAAUGAUACCUAAUAGAGUUCAAGUUUUGCUAUCGGAAUUUCCUUUUGACAAUUAAACCAUUUUAAAAAUGA